AUGAGCGGUGCAUUGGACCAGGUCCUCAGCCAAGGCAAAUCCCCAAAGAAGUCGCAGCAGGCAGCUUCAGCUACUGAAUUGCCGCACUUCAAGUUCAAGCCGUCUGUCGGAUCUUGGCUUGUGAAGAAGCCCCACCAGGUUCCAAAGCCUUGGUAUUACGAAAACGUUGCAGUGGUGGAAGCUGAGGAUGAGAAGGUUGUCAAGAAUCUGCAGGCAGUGAUUGCCGAGAAGGAUGGGGAGAUUGCCGCCUUGAAGGCGAAGUUGCGUGAGACCAGUUUGAAUGCACCUCCUCCUUUGCCUUCACAAGCACAGUCGCCUCCACCUUUGCCUCCAAAAGCUGUGCAGGGGGCAGAACAGUCCAUGAAGGCAACUCCAGCGUCACUCACAAAUUUCAGGCAGUACUAUGCUGAUCAUGUGCACAGCGUCGGAUCUGACGCAAUGGAGAAGCUCUACUCGAAGUUUCCGAGCCAGCCGAAACCUGCUCCAAAAGCUCCUGCGGAAGAAGCUCAGCCAAAGUUUGCGCUGAGACCAUCAGUGGGCACUUGGCUUGCUCCUGCACCCAAGCGAGCCGCGCCCACUGGAUCAGCCUCAUCUGCCACUCCAGCCAAGCCGAAGACACCAUUUGCUUUGAAGCCGUCCGUUGGAACUUGGCUGUCUUUCAAGACAACCGAUGAAAGGCCAAAAUCCUCCAGCAUUUUGGAGAGGACCCACAGCAAGCUAUUGGCAAUGGAGCGUGAGGACCUAAUCAAAGGCUACGAGAAAGAGAUCAAGAAGAGGGAUCAGGAAAUUGACGCCUUGAAGCAUACGAUGAAGGCAUAA